AAGGAUAUCGACGAGGAGUGUAUCACGUACUGAACGACGAUUUGACGCGCGCGCGCGCGCGAAUAGAUAAGAAAUAUUUUUCUGCGAGUGAGAGACAGACGGACAAACGGAAGAACGAGAGAGCAAGCAGCGCCAUCAAGUAGCGUGAUAAAAUGAAUCGCGCGAGGCGGCUGUGAGGGGUCUACCGAUCAAGUUCACAAUCCAGAGCCGAUCAACCACCAUCCGUGUACGAGUACCACGUCCACGCACGAGUGGAAAUUAAAUUAGCGGCUGCGAUCGGAGUAUUCCGCGGGCCACGCACCCGUGGAUCACCGGCCGGUUGGGGUCUCCACCCCCUUCUCUUCUCCCCCCUUCUCUACCUUUCCCGGAAAGUCGGCUGCGAGCAGCGAGGUUGACGACAGCCGACGGCGGAAAAGCGACGACGAUUCACCAGAACGAGUGUUAACGACAACGGCGACUCGAGGUUUCUAGAAGAACAUAGGGUGCCGAGAGAGGCGGUUGCGGGGAAAAAAAAAACUGCCAGAGGACUCGCGUGAGUUUCUUACAUAGAAGAUACCAUCUUUGCAUAAACAAUGGCAGCGUUACCACGAAGGAUCAUUAAAGAAACUCAAAGAUUAAUGCAAGAACCAGUUCCUGGUAUCAGUGCAGUGCCAGACGAUACAAAUGCUAGAUAUUUUCACGUAAUAGUAACGGGACCUGAAGAUUCGCCAUUCGAAGGUGGAUUGUUUAAGCUCGAAUUGUUCCUACCAGAAGAUUACCCAAUGUCUGCACCGAAAGUUAGGUUUAUAACAAAAAUAUAUCAUCCAAAUAUAGACAGAUUGGGUAGGAUUUGCCUGGAUAUCCUCAAGGACAAGUGGAGUCCAGCGCUUCAAAUUAGAACAGUUUUACUGUCCAUACAAGCGCUUUUGAGCGCACCGAAUCCCGACGAUCCGUUGGCAAACGAUGUAGCUGAACUUUGGAAAGUCAAUGAGAGCGAAGCGAUACGUAAUGCCAAAGAAUGGACUCGAAGAUACGCUAUGGACAACUGAUCUCAGCCUUGUCAAAUCGCCCACGACAAAGCAAAGCGACGUUACUCCUAUCUUUCCCAGACUUUUCGUCACCUUAUCUGCACCAACUGCGUAUCCGGCACCUGUGUCCACAAUUUUGCUAUAAAAGUAAUAAAAGUUUUGUAAGAGUAAAA